AUGCAGCCCGCGUUACCACACAUCGCUCACUACACACGCUUCGGCGAUAACGUCAUGAAAGACGUCGAACAGCUUGUCCCUUUCAAGUUCUCGUCAGUGCCUCUUCGCCAUAAGCGCCACGAAUCGAACUCCACAACUCUCCGUCCAGUCCCGAAAGUAUCACGCGUACAUAUGAAGUUCGAAGAGAUGGUUCUCACAGAGCUCAGGGUCCUGCUCAAUGCCACCUACAUCAACUCCUCCUGCAGACACGUCGUCCCCCCGUGCUCUUCGACCUUCGCUUCUGGGGCCUCUUCGUCUACGACAGCGUCGAAGCACAACUGGACAGCGAUGCCCUCCCGAUUCACGGCAGAGAUGAAGCUCGCGGGACUGGCCGUGCAAUCCGUCCUGAUGGGGCUCUAUAUCACGCUCGUCGUGGCCAUGGUCUACCUCCUAUCCUGCAACCCAACUUCCAGUACCAAGCGAGCGGCGAAUCGACGAGCUCAGCGCCUGCUUAUCAUAGGCAUGGUCGUUCUCUCCACCGCGGCCCUAGGUCAAUGGAUUUGCCUCCUCAUCCGGGCCUUCAAAGCUUUUAUAUUCUGGCAAGGCGGCACCCGUCCUUACUGGUUUUACUUCCUGGAUACGGGCUCGAGCGAGGUGACAAGGUCCGCCUUCCAUAGCGCGACCAUCAUAACCGCAGAUCUGUUCGUAAUAUCGCGACUUUGGGUCGUUUGGAACUACAGAAAGAGAGUCACCAUCGCGCCAGCCCUCUCCUUGUUUGGACUUUGCGUGUCGGGCGCAGGGACAGCGUAUGCGUACGCCGCGUACGAUACAUCAGUACCCGCCACGCAUAGGGUCCUUCACCUUUGGAAAAUGGCGCAUAUGGUCCUGACAAUAGGUACCAACUUGUAUUGUACAGGGAUGAUAAUCUGGCGCAUAGCUCGCUUACAUCGACGGACAGCGGACUUCGCCCUCAGCAGAUCCAUUGUCGCCUUCGUUGCCCUGAUGGCGGAGAGCGCUGCCGUCUACACCUCUCUCGUCCUCGCUUGGCAAGUCUCCUACGGCAUGAAGAACGCCUCGAGCUACUUGAUUCAGGACUGUAUACCUCCUACCGCUGCGCUGGCUGCCGUGCUCGUACAUGCGCGCGCAAUUAUCUCCAAAGGAUUGGCAGAUCAAACAGGAGCUGCGCAGGGCGGCGACUCGCACCUUGCGGAAUCGGACUCAGAUCGAAAGCGAGGGAGAUCAGCGGCUCGCUGUGCGGACAUCGUCCGCGGAGGAGGUCGGCCACUGCAAAUUCGGGUGGAGCAGUCGUCGCUGUCGCGAAUAGAUGUCAGGGACUCAAUGCCCAUGUCUAGGGCGGUCUGUCCGUCAUAG